CCCGCUCUUUCUUCGCUGCUGCACUCAUAGGAAGGCCUGUGGUUUGCUGCAAAGAGGUGUAGGGCCGGUGCACAUGAAAAAGCGCACGGUGCGCAUCCUGCCGGGGUGUCUCCAAAAACCACCCACGCAGCCAGCAGAUCCCCACUCGCGCUUUCUUGUUCGCAGUCAAGAGGAUCUCGCAGUUCGCAGAUCUGAGUCCUUUUGUUUCCAAGUGAUGCUGAAAGAGUGUUUCUCGCCAUCAGAGUGCUGAGGCUAUGUGGCGCUAGGUGUGUCCACGGUGCUCCUCCGCAGGGGCUGGGACAUACUGAGACAUGGAGGACAACUGCAGCUGCACGCACAUGAUCGGUAUAGCUGGAGUCUGUGGCUCUCCUGGCCUGUGGCUCAUACUGGCUGUUGUCUCCACAGCACUGCUUCUCUGUGGGGGGUGGCAUCUCAUGUCCUUUAUAGCAGGGCGUUGCACAGAUGGGGGAAAGAAAUUCCUGCCUCGCUUCAGGAGAAGUUUGAGUCAGCGGCUGAAGGACAUGGAGGAGAACCCCAUUUAUGGGAACAUCACCUACACCCAGAGUCGCACGGAUGCUCCUCCCAGCGCUUCCGGAGCCGCCGAUCAGCAGUUCCCCAAAAAUCAGGCCCAGUCGAGGCAGCAGGACUGCUACGCCAACCUGAAGCUGAAGGCCCCCAAGCCAUCUUCAGCUCGCAGCUCUCCAAAGAUCCAGUAUUCAGACGUGGUGACGCUCCCCAGGACGGUGGAGGGGACGGGGCCAGGGGAGGGGCCGUCUGCAGACAGUGAUGCAGUUUCGCUGCGCUCAGACCUGUAUGCCUCAGUGGACCCUGAACGCAACAAAACCAUUGGCAACGAUAAAGACUACGCCAACCACGUCUGAAGACCGCAGCAAGCAUGUUGAAGGACUAUGGCAGCGUCCACUGAAGGGCUGCGCGAACCCCUGCCGAGGACUGCCCGCUCCCCCUUGGAGACCUGAGCCAACCGGGUUUGAGAACUGUGCCAGUCACAUCCCAGGAAAUGUUUGUAUGCCCAGAAAUUCAUAUCUAACACGAGGUGCUGGUGAACAAUAAAUGAAAUUAGUGUGGAAUUAGUGUAGUCUGUGCCAUUGAACACAAAUAUUAGGAACUGGGCAGAAGUUAGAUUUACUGGAACAAAUCUUCAGCCCAAUAUUGAUUACACAUUAAAUUCUUAUAAAAAGGGUCACUUAUAACUAUAUUUCAUAUUAUUAUUAUUUAGACUAUAUCUAUGGAUGUUACCUUAACUGUAAGAUGUACAAGUAUCUACAGUAUAGUAAACUGAAUAAUAUAAAGAGGGCAGCACAUGACAUAGUUUUCUUGUAAUCAAAGGUCUUGAACUCCUGCUACUGCUGGGGGACCCUUGAACAAGGUACUUACCCUAAAAUCAUACAAUAACAAUUUCCUCCUUAUAAAAGGGUAAAUCACUGUAAAGUUAUCACUGUAAAUCACUGCAGGCAAAAGUGUCAGCUAAAUAAAGGAUAGCAAUAGUAUUAUUUGUAGUCUUUUUCGAAAGGGCUUGAACUAUUCUUUGUGAAAACAUCCCCCCAUUGUUACCAAUAUCCGAAUUAGAGGCAAAGUUAAUGUAAAAUGUGCUUUUUAACGCGGGGUGCAGUACCCUCUCUCAUCCACCGGGUAGCACUGUAAUUUUGAUUUCAGAUUUUGGGCUUAAACGGGUUAAUAAAUGUAGUUUAUUGAUCAAAUUAGAGGCCCUGUUGGUGGGACUAAUCAUCAUAAAAUUGUUUUUUUAAUGUCUAUGGAACUAAUAUAAACCAUACAUUAUGUUGAAUAUGGAAUAUUGUU